GAGCGCUUGGAUAUUGCUGUGCAGCGUCGGGCCAUCGUCGGAAACAAUGACACCUGGGAGCACGCGGGGGACUACGGAAGGGGUCAAACCCACAGAAACACCCAGCUCAGCAGCAGUAAUUUAUACCAGACGUGAUGAAGAGGAGGAAGAGGAAGAGUCUGUGGCUGGUGGUGGGAAUGCUCUGCCUUGCCCUGCUUAUUGUUGCUGUGGGGAUCUACAGCACAACCCGCACAGGGAGCCUGAGUGUCACUGGAUACGCCUCCGGAAUCAUCUUGGCGUUUGGCUCAUUCCUGGGUGUUCUGGGACUCUGUCUUGAAGAAAACCGCAAGCAGUUGCUGGUUGCUGCCAUUGUCUUCCUCAGCUUUGGUAUAGUGACCUCUUUCUUCUGUAUGGUGGUGGAUGGAGUUUUCAUCCUAUUCAGCAUUGAUACGAGACCCCUCAGAGCUGGGCGGUGCCAGUUCUACACCAGUGGAAAAGGCUAUAUCUAUGAGAACUACUAUGCCUCAGUGCCUUGUCAGGGCCUGGAGGAGUCAUGUAACAUGAAGGUGAGGAGUGGGACCUGCUACUGCUGUGACCUGUAUAACUGCGCCAAUGGAGGAUACCUAAACAACCACUAUGAGUUUGUCGGGGUGGGGAGCUGCCAGGAGGUGCUGUCCCUGUACAUACUGAUCUGGGUCCUCACAUUGCUCAACCUGCUCGCCUUCAUCCUGGGCAUCCUCACCACGGCUGUGCUGGGCGGCAUCAAAGACAUGAAGGGCCAUACGGUCAGCCCAGGCGGGGGCAGCCCGCACGCCGUCCUGCGCCCCAGAGACAGCAUCGUCCUCUCCCCCACUGCCCCGCUGCUGCCAGACCCUGCCGGACACGCGCUCUACCCGAGUACUUCACUGUAUUUCACACCUACAGCGGGGACAGAAUCCUCCCAGAGUGGACUGUCAGACACCCCCCGGUUGGACCCCCACCCCCCUCCUUUUGCUCCGCUCUAUAGCCUGCUGCCCUAUAAGACUCAGGGCUGAGACCCUGCUGCCCUAUAAGACACAGGGCUGAGACCCUGCUGCCCUAUAAGACACAGUGCUGAGACACAGGUGCCCUAUAAGACACGGGGCAGAGACACCUUCCACUCACUCUGUGAAACUUCGGCCCCAAUCUAAGAACACACACAUUGCUUACAUUUGAGACCUCAACAGUGUUAAAAUAAAACUUGUCCAACCCAUUAAUGACCUUAACAAUAAUAAUCUGAUCUUCUCAACUGACUAUCAUUUUUGCUCUCUCCAGAGCACAGAGCCAGUACCAAACCAUCAGUACCUACUCGCAGUUUGUCAGCCGCUUAGACUUCUGUUCUGUUCACCCUGGGCUACAUUCUUUCUGUAGGAAAUGUGGGAAGAGGCAGCUUCAUAAGCCCCAUAACUGCUGGAGCUACCACGGGCCCUCAUUAACCAAUCCCAAUACUUUUCUCUCCAUCGGAAAAAGGUUAAAGUCAAUGUGCUACGUAACCAUAUGACACAUGUAUCCAUCCACUUUCUGGCAUUACCACCUCCGGAUCACAAAUCCAAUCUAAGAACUUGGUUUGGGUGAAAUAAAUCACAGACUUCAUGUAAAUAAACUGUAUGUACAUGCUCUGUAAAUAUGUUUCUUGUAUUGAUAGUUUUGUCAAUAUUAUGUUUUUAUAUGGCUUUUGAACACCUGGCAGUAAGAAUACUUCAAUUCUUAAAAUGUACAAACAUCAUUUAAGCACUGUGUAUGUCUUUUAUUCCACUACUUGUUGCUACUACUCAGUAAAAUAUGAAAUGAUGAAAUGUGAAUGAUUUGAA